UGUGAUUGUUAUAUAUGACCUUGUGGCUAUUGCAGGAAUUUGAGAGAGUUGUUCAAGAUUGAUGCUGCUGACUAUAUGAUGUCCAUUUGUGGAAAUGAUGCUCUGAGGGAACUUUCUUCCCCAGGAAAAAGUGGUAGUGUCUUUUUCCUGUCUCAGGAUGAUCGAUUCAUGAUUAAGACACUGCGUAGAUCUGAAGUGAAGGUUCUUCUUAGAAUGCUUCCUGACUAUCAUCAUCAUGUGAAGACUUAUGAUAAUACGCUUAUCACAAAAUUUUUUGGUCUGCACAGGAUUAUACCUUCCAGUGGUCAAAAGUUUCGCUUUGUUGUGAUGGGAAAUAUGUUCUGCACAGAAUUAAGGAUCCAUAGGAGAUAUGAUUUGAAAGGUUCAUCGUGUGGACGUUCUUCUGAUAAGAUAGAAAUUGAUGAGAACACUACCCUUAAAGAUUUGGAUUUGAAUUACUGCUUUUACUUGGAACCAUCUUGGCGGGAGUCUUUAUUGAAGCAGAUUGAAAUUGACAGCAAGUUCUUGGAAUUACAACAGAUAAUGGAUUACAGCCUCCUUCUUGGUGUUCAUUAUCGGGCACCCCAGCAGCUACGUCCACACAACCAAAGUAGAACUGUAGAUGGAUUGGCAAUUCUUGCAGAGGAAGACCCUCUAGAGGAUGAAGCAUCCAAUUAUCCGCAAGGUCUUGUUCUGGUCCCUCGAGGUGCAGAUGAUGAUAGCGUUGUUGUAGGGUCACACAUUAGGGGUAGCAGAUUGAGAGCUUCAGCUGCUGGUGACGAGGAGGUGGAUCUACUUCUACCUGGUACUGCAAGACUACAAAUCCAGCUUGGUGUGAACAUGCCUGCGAGGGCAGAGCAGAUUCCAGGGAAAGAGGAAAUGGAAAUGUUCCAUGAAGCUUACGACGUCGUACUUUACCUGGGUAUAAUUGACAUAUUGCAAGAGUACAACAUGACUAAGAAGAUUGAACAUGCAUAUAAAUCUAUUCAGUUUGAUUCUUUAUCUAUCUCGGCGGUGGACCCUACAUUCUACUCACGUCGCUUCCUAGAUUUUAUUCAGAAAGUGUUCCCACCUCAUGAAAUGGCAGGAUAAGUGCUGUAACCAAUCGAUUUAAAGAGUGAACAAUUGUCACAUUUCCACCAUUUGUGCAUGCUCUAUAAUUGACUUUUUUUUUU